AUGGCAGCUAUGGAGUCCGAAAAAAUAAGGCAACCACGAGAAAAGCUCAAUGCAAGGCCCCUCGCAGUCUGGAUUCUUCUGGGUGUCACAAUGGAAGAGAGAGCAAACAUUUUAGAUGUUGUCCAAGAGGUCUAUGAUAAACAUAGACUCGUUGAUCAAGACACCGGCUUCACCAGGAUCCCGAAACACAUUCUCGCCGAAGCGAAGUCGGAUCUGAUCAAGAGAUUACCAUUGGUAUUCGAAAAAUGCGAGACGGACUGGUUUGCAGAUUGGGCAUUAAACCGACGACAUCUAAAGAGAAACAGAGGGAGACAGAGCAACUCGGUACAGCAGCAACAGCAGCAAUUUCCUGACAUUCCGCCCCCUGGGGGGUUUGAUGUGCCACCUAGAUCUAAUGGGUCAUCAACUUAUCCUGGAGACACAGGCCAUUUCCGACCUUGGUAG